GAGGCUGAUACUGACAUGGCUGCUGAAGAAUAUCCUACUACAGUUGAUGUUUCUGGAACUGGAGGGAUUUCUCCUCAAAAUGAAGGAUGCACAUCUGAACUGGAAAUGCCCUUGGAGAGCAAAUGUACAUCACUUUGCCAGUCUUUAUGUGUCCAAUGGAAAAAUGCUAAUGCUCUCUGUUGGUUAGAUUGUAUCCUAUCAGCAUUGGUGCACUUGGAAGGGUUAAAAAACACUGUGAAUGACCUGUGCUCUAAUGAGGACUCUGUGUUCCGGCAGUUGUUUAUGAAGUAUAAUCAAGCCAAUAAGCUCCUGCACAGCAACCAGUUGGAUGGAAUUAAAGAUGGAGAUUGUUAAAAACUUACUUCAGAAAUAUUUGCAAAGAUAGAGACCUGUCUGAAUGAAGUCAGAGAUGAAAUUUUCAUUAGGCUUCAGCCUCAGCUUAGAUGCACAUUAGGUGAUAUGGAAAGCCCCGUGUUUGCACUUCCUCUGCUCUUAAAAAUGGAACCCCUCAUUGAAAAGCUCUUCAUUUAUUCUUUCUCUUGGAACUUUGAAUGUUCACAGUGUGGACACAAGUAUCAAAAUAGACAUAUGAAGAAUCUGGUCACUUUUACAAAUGUCAUCCCUGAGUGGCACCCACUUAAUGCUGCCCAUUUUGGUCCAUGUAACAAUUGCAGCAAUAAGUCACAGAUAAGAAAAAUGGAAUUGGAAAAAGUGUCUCCCGUACUCAUGUUGCACUUUGUGGAAGGCUUGCCACAUAACGACUUGCAGCACUAUUCAUUUCAUUUUGAAGGCUGUCUUUAUCAAAUAACUUCUGUAAUUCAGUACCAAGCAAAUAAUCAUUUUAUAACAUGGAUUUUAGAUGCGGAUGGAAGUUGGCUGGAAUGUGAUGACCUAAAAGGCCUACGUUCUGAAAGGCGUGAGAAAUUUGAAGUUCUUGCUUCAGAGCUACAUAUUGUUAUUUGGGAAAGAAAAACAUCCCAUAUGACAGAUAAAGCACCUUCCUGCCUUCCACUUAAAAAGGCUAAUGAUGAGCCUGCUUUCGGUGAUGAGAAACCAGCCUUUCCAACAUGGUGUUCUAUGGGUGAUGCUGCCUCUGCUGAGCCACCCUCAAGAACUCUGCCCACCGGUAUGGCAGUUGCACCUAGCACUCUCUCACAGGGUGCAUCUAUAACUCAUGGACAUCAUUUACUUUCAGGUCCAGAAGGUUUGGUUGACAAUAAUAUUUUAUCUUUGACACUUGAAGAAAUACAGGUUAACUCUGAAUGUUUUCUCGUAGAAAAUGAACCUGUGGCGGAAAAUGCAGGAAUUGGCAAAACAAAUACUUUGCAAUCAGAAGAGUCACUAAUGGCUUCUUUAGUAUCAGCUUCGUGUGUUGAAAAGCUUACUCAAGACCAAUUCGUGAAUGUAAGCUUGCCAUCUCAGAUUGUAGGUGCAAACAUGCAGUUGGCACAGCCAAGUACAGAAGACACUGUAAUUACUAAACCUGUGAAUACUACGCAUGCUACUGACCCUAUACACAGAGUAAAGCCAGUAGAAGUUGAGGGCACAGUUGUCCUAAAGAAGGACACUCCAUUAAAACAAUAUCUUUCACCCAAAACUGAGAAAUUAAAACCAGAACAAGCUGUUAAAGCUCAGGUAUCUAAUUUGAAAAAAAAUGAAACUGUGGCAUUUUCUCAGACCAUAACAGCGAAGUCAGUGCAGAAUCCAUCUCUGAAAGAAACUCAGAAGAAACCAUUUGUAGGAAGUUGGGUUAAAGGCUUAUUAAGCAAGGGUGCUUCUUUUAUGCCACCUUGUGUUUCAGCUCAUAGUAGAAACACUGUCACUGAUUUGCAGCCUUCAGUUAAGGGGGCAAGUAAUUUUGGUGGCUUUAAAACGAAAGGCAUAAACCAAAAGGCUAACCGGGCAUCCAAGAAAGCCAAUAGGUGUGCAAGUAAGCCUCCUACAGUUAGUAACCCUCCAUCAAGCCAUCCAUCGUGUGGUAGCACGACUUCUCGUGUAUGUGCUAAUGUUAUUGCUGAUUCAGACGCUUUGAAGAAAUGUGAAAACACCUCCUAUGGAGCUCACCACAGUCACGAUUCUUAUGUAAGAGAAAAUGGUGUUUCUUCAGCAAACCAUGGAGACUCAGUUGAGGGUCAGAUUCAUAAACUUCGUCUAAAACUUCUUAAAAAACUUAAGGCAGAAAAGAAGAAAUUAGCUGCUCUUAUGUUUUCCCCCCAAAAAGGAACACCUCCAACUGAAAAUUUAGAACAUGAGUCCCACUGUGGCUCUCCAAAUGAUUGUGAAUCAACAGAAGACUUGUUAAAAGAACUACAGUAUCAGAUUGAUGCUGCUGAUAAUAAAUCUGGGUGCACCACGGUUCCGUAUAGUAGUCAAAGUCAUGAAGAAAUUGUAGCAGAAUUACUGUCUCCUACAACUGUUGUCUCAACAGAGCACUCAGAAAAUGGGGAGGCUGACUUUAGGUAUUUAGAAAUGGGAGAUGACCACAUCCCAGCACCAGUGUCUAGUGAAUUAAAUGAUAUUCCCCAAAACACACAUCUGAGACAGGACCAUAAUUACUGUAGCCCCACCAAGAAAAAUCAAUGUGAAGUUCAGCCAGACUCACUGACAAAUAAUGUCUGCAUUAGGACAUUGAACUUGGAAAGUUCCAUGAAGACUAAUAUUUUUGAUGAGUUUUUUUCCACUUCAACAUUAAAUUCUUUAGCAAAUGACACAUUAGACUUACCUCAUUUUGAUGAAUAUCUGUUUGAGAGUUGUUGA